GUUUUGUAGCAGCUCAAGGAAUGUAAAAUCAGAAAAGUUUUUUUUUGUCGAUGAAUCGAAAUUUGUCGAUAAUUGUUUUUUGGUUUUUCUGCAACAUAUUUCAUGUAGUCCCUUUAUUUUCAAGACGGAACGGAUUUGGAACAAGUAAACAUGCAUAUCUGAAACAGGCACUGACAUUUGAUGUAAACAAAUGAAUUGAACUGAAAUGUCAAGUAAACAAGUGAAUUGAAAACAUUGGAGACUAUUGUGAUACAUAGAUUUGCUUAAAUUAUAAACCAAGUUAAAAUGAUCGGCACAAAUUUCGGCAUCUUCCGACCACAUUCGUCAAGCUCGAUUGCUGGUGGUUCAGGUGCCACAGCUAUGCCAGAAGAACGUGCAGUCGUUCAACAGUUGAGCGAUUUCAUGUUACAACUGGAGGAUUAUGUACCAACAGUGCCUGAUGCAGUGACAGCUUGCUAUCUAAAUUCUGCCGGAUUUGAAUCAAAUGAUCCCCGCAUUGUGCGCUUGAUAUCGGUAGCUACUCAAAAGUUUAUUUCCGAUGUCGCCAAUGNACAUAUUAACCUCAUAUAUGAAUUAUCAUGGCUUCUUUUAUUGUACGUUAUUAACACUGUCUUUUCAUAUCGAAAUAAAGUCGGGAAAAUAAAUGAGUAA